AGGUUCUGAAAACGCUUGACCAUGUCUUCUCUGGACGAACAUUUAGCGAGACGGUUCGACCCAUCGGCCACCACGAAGUCUCCAUAGCAUGGCUACCUUCGACGUCGUCUCGUUGGAGGUUAUGGAGGAAGGUAUUGGCGACAAAACUUUUCUCACGGGAGCGUCACAAAGCCACGAAGGCCGUACGGUCCAAGAAAGCAAAGGAACUUAUAAUUCAUUAUCGAAAGAGGCGAACGAGGCUUCUCCGUCGACAUCUCGUGCUUGCUUCGUCACAUCGCUUAAUGUAAUCUCAAACGUUGUCUUCUCGACCGACUUAGGUAGUUACGACUCAAGAGCCUCCCUGGAAUUCCAGGAAUCGCUGUCUCGUAUGAUGGAGAUCAUGGGCAAACCAAACCUCGCAAACUAUUUUCCGUGUCUCGAGUUUCUUGAUCUGCAAGGUAUCCGGAAAGGGAUGAAGAUGUGUUCCGAAAGGUUGUUUCAGGUCUUUCAAGGGCUCAUCGAUGCUCGCAUCGCGGGAAGAUCAUUACAGGCUAAACCUAGAGAUGCAUCGAUAAUCGAUCUGUUGGAUUCACUGCUUGAUCUUAUUCAAGAAGACGGAUCAGUCGACGUGAACGAUAUCAAACACUUUCUAUUGGACUUGUUUGUAGCGGGAACGGGAACGAACUCAACCACUGUGGAAUGGGCAUUGGCUGAGCUACUUCGUAACCCAGAGGCUAUGGCUAACGCUAAAGUCGAGAUCAACUUUAUUGUUGGCCCAAACCGUUUCGUUCGUGACUCCAAUCUCUUAGAAUUUCCCUAUCUACAAGCUGUUGUAACAGAGACUCUACGCUUGCACCCACCGAGUCCAUUUCUGAUCCCACGGAAAGCUGAGUCAGACGACGCAGAGAUAUUAGGGUACCCCAUUCCUGAAAAUGCUCAGAUUGUGGUAAACGCUUGGGCAAUAGGACGAGACCCGACCGUUUGGGAAAACGCGGAACGGUUCGAGCCAGAGAGAUUCUUGGGAAGAGACAUUGAGACGAUAGGUAAAGAUUUCGAGAUGAUACCGUUUGGAGCUGGACUAAGGAUAUGCCCUGGAAUAUCGCUGGCUUUGAGGAUUGUGCCUCUCAUGCUUGCUUCACUUAUCUAUUCGUUUGAAUGGCAUCCUAAAAACCUCAAAAACAUGUUCGUUCCUGAGGAUUUCAACAUGGACGAGACUUUCGGAUUUACCUUGCACAAGACCAGACCAAUUUACUCCGACACCCUCGAGAAAGCGUACAAUUAUUUCUAUUAAUUAGUCUUUCGUAAUUUCUUCUCCUUGUUUCUGUAAUUUCUUACUGAAAUUUCUUAAUAAAUAAGA